AGGUGAUCAAUAUGUUCUCGGUCUCACUCAGACAUAAGACAUAAGUUGCACAACUCAAAUUUUAAAGGCAUAGUCAUUAAGUAUAAAGCCUUCUAUGAAUGUUACCAAAAUUCAAAUCAUCACGAUAAUUACUUUGGAGCUGGUACCAAGUAAGAUCAAGUAACGUGUUUGCGUGUGUGCCGAUGCGAUGCAGUAUUCAUUAUGACUUAUACCAAGGGUAGCUCGAUAUAAUGUCCUUGCGUAUACCUACUCUCCAAGCGUGUUAGGUCGGACACAGCAAAAAAAAAAAAAAGCCCGAUAAAAACGACUAAAAAAACGUUAAAAAACAGCCGGAGCCUAACCUCUGCUUGGAGAGUAGCGUAUACCCACAAUAUAUUCCCCUGUCUUCCAAAUGAUAUGCACGUGUACUAAUACAAUUAUACCGGAAGAGAAGUUGACGUCACUACAGAAUAAAUAGGUUCCCUCACAGCGGACCAGGUGACCCGGAUGUAGCGGAGUUAUGGAAAAUUUCUUCCUGACAGUUCACGUGAUUGGUGUGUUAUAGUUCCGGGACCGCCCCGAUCAACAUCACAUAAAACAACAUGACACGAGGAGCUAAAAAUAACCGUCUUUAAAGCAUACCCUAUAUAAAGUACAGUCCCCAUGGCCCAACAUUCAAAGGGUCUCCCUGCACUGAACCACAACACCGAGAACCUCCCAUACGGUCUGUCCGGGCAAACCUUCCAUAGUAAUGAAGAUAUACGCUGUGAUCACAGUCGCCGUGCUGCUUCUGGCUCUGGUCAGCGCCAUCGAUGGACAGAAGAGAAGAUCAAAGGACAGACGACGGGAGGGUGGGGACAAGGAGAGAAGGAGGCAGAGCAAAAAUAAAGGAAACGAGUUGGAGACAGAUCAAUGUGAAGAUAUCUCUGACAAACAGAAACAGAGGAAGUUGCGGGGAGCCCGUAAAGCGUACGAGCGGACCGCGCCCAUCGUGCUGGCGGAGCAGCUGAAGAAGGACGCGGGGAGGAGGCGGAGGAACGCGGAGAUGGCGUGUCCGGAGUCCGAGGCGCCGCAUGACGGGGACAUCAGUCAGCGGGCCAUCAGUCCAUGGGCGUGGGAGCUGGAUGUAGACGUCAACCGGUAUCCUACAGAAAUCGCCAAAGCCAAGUGUCUGUGCACCGCCGGCUGCCUGGUGAACGGCAAACUGGACUUCAACUACGCGUCCGAGCCCAUCGUCACACAGAUGAAGGUUCUGCGCAGGACCAAGUGUGACAGGAAGGGCAAGUGGCGCUACGAAGUCCAGUGGGAGGACGUCCCUGUCGGCUGCACAUGCGCCAGCCCCAAGAGCUAAUGCCCGACAAACCACACGGCGGAUGGUUCCUAGAUCCUGUCCUGUCUUUGAAUUCUAGCUAAGCUGCUAAUUUUUUAUAUAUUUAUUAUGAUAUCAUCCCAGUGUCACCAGAGAAAUUCUUUGAAGGCUGUUUUAGAAGGAAAUAGUACAAUAUGGCAAAAGAAACAAAUUAUUCGAAAAGUAGUAUUAGGAACGCCUCUGUGGCGUCGCCAAAAAUGUAGGCGGGGGGGGGGGGGCACUACAAAGCCAUAUAAAAUGAUGGGAUAGCCAUCCGUGCCAACUUGUUUUCCCUUCAGAAGCAGCCUAUAGGUUAAGGGAAUUCAUUAGAUUAUCAUUAUUGGUAAAGAUGGUAGAUAGGAGAAACUGUUGGAGGAGUAUACUGUGUGCGUACCUUUACAUCUGGUCUGUAAUGCGCCAUGAUGUUUUUCCACCAGACGGCGAUCGCGCUGUGACUUACGUGUGAUUUGUGUUACCCUUGAUUUCAUAAUUGGAAUGUCAUGCAAAAUUUAAAUUAGGACUAAAAAGACAAGACAAAAGACGCGCACUUAGUUAAAAAAUUCGUUUUUGUAUCUACGAAAUUCGUUGUCACGCGAUUAGUCAAGUUAUAGGUAGCAGCGUAGUCACAGUGAGGUCACCGGCUUGUGGAAUUGGGGUAUCAUGUAGAGUACGUUUCCAUAUCUACUCAUUAUUAUUAUUAUUAUUAUUAUUAUUAUUAUUAUUAUUAUUAUUAUUACAACUUCCGAGAGGAAGCCAUGGUAAGAGAGGGUCAGGUUUUUACUGACCAGUUUAUUCAGCUCUUCUCCAAAACGGGGAACAUGGACGUAUGUAAGGUUCUAUCUUACUUUGUCUUUAUAGUAAAGACAUUAUAGGCUUACUGUGCCAACUAUACGUGUUGAUACAAAACACUUGCAAGUUUUACUUUGUAAAAGUACUUCUCAAAGAAGUCAACUUGUUAGAAUAUUGUACAGCUUCAUUCUUUGCAAAAGAAAUGAUUUUUUUAAUUAGUCAUGAAUGUUUGUGAAUAUGUGUUUGAACAUUUCGAUAUGUAUAUUUAGUGUUUUGAAAAGAAAAGAAAUAGUUGUAGAUAUCGUCCGAAUCAAAUUUAUACGUAAUCUUAAAUAAUUAUAUUGAGUUCCGUGUUGACUUAAGUGUUUAUGUUGUAGGUUAUAAAGUAUAGAUGAAACGUUGUUCAAUAUAUUGAACACGUACGUAUAUAUGUAUAAGAAAGUGACUAUAUGUAUAUAGACGGCAUAGAAAUGGUAGCGAAUUCUGGAUCGAACAUUUUACUACCCUACAGUGUUUGAGUUGUCUGUUUUUCCUACUUGUCAAAUAUUAAAUAAAAGAUUGAGCCAAGCAA